AUGGUGUCCUUCUGGAGUGACUUCUAUGAGGAAAGGGGCUUCUCUUUUCCUCCCAAGUGGUGCAUCGGUGCUCCCUUCUGGGAUCUGGUGAAAAGAGAGGAGUCUGUUGGGCCUGGUCUUGACGCAAAGAUGAAAGAAGACGACUCAACUGGCCUUGAAGCAACUGUUCCGAAUAUCAUCCAGGCUGGGAGCAGUGAGGGAUUCUGGAAGAGAACAGGUUGGAACAUUCUGGGUAAGGAGGCCCACAGUUCAGAUGUGCAGUGCCAGCAUUUCAGGGAGUUUUGCUACCAGGAUGCCGAGGGCCCCCGAGAGGUCUGCAGCCGACUCCACCAUCUCUGCCAUCGGUGGCUGAAGCCUGAGAAGCACACAAAGAACCAGAUCCUGGAUUUGGUGAUCCUGGAGCAGUUCCUGGCUGUCCUUCCAGCGGAGAUAGUGAGCUGGGUGAGGGAAUGUGGGGCGGAGACCAGUUCCCAGGCGGUGGCGCUGGCUGAAGGUUUCCUCCUGAGCCAGGCUGAGGAGAAGAAAGAGGAAGAGCAGCAGGGUCUGUUUGCAGAAGUGGCCACUGAUUUCCGUGAGGCAGAGAAGUUUCCGUCGGAUGCCGGGGAGGGUCCCCUGCAAAGCUGGAACACGCAGGAGAGCGGUGGAGGUGCCCCCUCCCUGGGUGAUGGAAUGAUGCUGGCAAGACUUCCUCAGCAGUCUCUUCUGUAUGGUGGAGGGGAAGCAGUGGUUGUGGCACCGGAUCAGGGGCCCGUGUCCUUUGAGGAAGCGGCUGUGUAUUUCACCGACGAGGAGUGGGCUCUGCUGGAUCCUGACCAGAGAGCUCUGCAUAAGGAAGUCACAGAGGAGAUUUGUGAGAUUGUCGCCUCUCUUGGCCAUGAAUGGAAAACCGAGAAUAUGACAGAACUACAUGGGGUGUUCCCAGAAAGAGACACGUGUAUAAAGAGGGAGCAGCAGAGUAGGAAAACAGAAGAAGAAGAAGAGAGGAGGAGGCAUGAAUCCCUUAAUUCUCAGAGCCGUGACUACGAUGAAAUCCUGGUCCAAGAAAAAGUACAAGAAAGAAAAGAAACAAAUACAUGCUGUGUGUGUCAGAGAAGCUUCCAUUCGAAGUCAAAAUUGAAAGCUCAAUGCAACUUCCACAUGGUACAGAAACCAUAUAAGUGCUUGGAAUGUGAAAACAGCUUCUGUCAGAAGACAGAUGUCACCAGUGAAAGAAUUCAUACAGGGAAGAAACCAUGUGAAUACUUGGAGUGUGGAAACAGCUUUACUAAGAACACAAAUCUUACUUUUCAUGAAAAAAUUUACAUGGGAGAGAAACCAUAUAAAUGCUUGGAGUGCGGAAAGAACUUUAGUACAAGCAAAUGCCUUCGUCGUCAUCAAAGAAUUCACACAGGGGAGAAACCAUAUAAAUGCUUGGAGUGCGGAAAGAGCUUCAGUUGGAAGACGGAUCUCACUUCUCAUCAAAGAAUUCACACAGGGGAAAAACCACAUAAAUGCUUCGAAUGUGGAAAGAGUUUCUGUCAGAAGACUGAUCUCAUUAGUCAUCAAAGAAUUCACACAGGGGAGAAACCACGUGAAUGCUUGGAAUGUGGAAAAAGGUUCCGUCAGAAUUCUCACCUUAUUGCCCAUGAAAGGAUCCAUACAGGAGAAAAACCAUAUAAAUGCUUGGAAUGUGGAACGAGCUUUGCACAGAAGGCAGCCCUUACUUGUCAUCAGAGAAUUCACACUGGAGAGAAACCAUAUCAAUGCUUGGAAUGUGGAACCAGCUUCAGAAAAAAGUGUAAUCUCUCUUCCCAUCAAAGAAUUCACACAAGGGAGAAACCAUAUCAAUGCUUGGAGUGUGGAAAGACCUUCAGGCAUAAGAUAAGUCUCACAUUUCAUCAAAGAAUUCACACAGGUGAAAAGCCAUAUAAAUGCUUGGAAUGCGGAAAGAGCUUUUGUCACAGAUCUGACCUUACUACCCAUAAUAGGAUCCAUACAGGGGAGAAACCAUAUAAAUGCUUAGAGUGUGGAAAGAGCUUCGCACAUAGGGCAAGUCUCGGUUCUCAUCAAAGAAUUCACACAGGGGAGAAACCACAUAAAUGUUUGGAAUGUGGGAAGAGCUUCAGUCAGAAGAUACAUCUCACUUGCCAUCAAAGAGUUCACACAGGGGAGAAACCCUAUCAAUGCAUAAUAUGUGGAAAGAGCUUUAUUAGAUGUUCAAACCUUACUUUGCAUCAAAGAACUCACACAGGGGAGAAACCAUAUAAAUGUUUGGAAUGUGGCAAGAGCUUCAGUGCAAAGGCAACUCUCACUUCUCAUAGAAGAACUCACAAAGAGGAGAAAUAUAAAUGCUUGGAAUGUGGAAAGGGCUUCAAUAGUGAGAUACAUCUUGCUUAUCAUCAAAGAAUUCACAGAAGUGCUUGGAAUAUGGAACGAGAUUCUGUUACAAUGUAACUUUUUCAUAUUGGGGAACCCUGAGCACAGGCAACAAAGAAACCUAACCUAUUUUCUUUUAGAUUUCUUUCUCCAAUAUGAUGUGACAGAUAAUUGCUACUCCCUUCUGCCUGCUCCAGAUUUUUUCACCUGACGGGGCAGUGGUGCUUUUAUAUGGGAGCAUUCAGUUCCUAUCCGUGUUCAGAGGUAGCCGUCUUAGAUCUGCCAAAAUUCAUUGCCUGGCCUACAGAUCAGUGUGGUGUAGUGGUUAGAGUAUUGGAGUAGGGCCUGGGAGACCAGUGUUCAAAUCCCCACUUGGGUAUGAAGUUCACUGGGUGUCCUUGGGCCAUCAGCCUAACCUACCUCCCAGGAUUGCUGUCAAAAUAAAAUGGAGACAAGGAGAAGUAUGUAUGCCACCUUGAACUCCUUGGAGGAAAAGGUGGGAUGUAAAUGUGAUAAUAAAAUAAAAUAAAUAUUUUGGGAAAUGUAAGGUGGCUGCUACCUGAAGAAGAUGGUAUCCAAGAUGUCCCCAUACAGUUCUGCCUGCUCAGGUGUAUGUCCUGGGAGGAAUGGAAAUGGGGGGGGGAGUGGAAAAACAGAGGGAACGUGCUGCAGUACACAUCUCCGUGUAAACAAAAGUGUACAUACUUGAAAUGGGUUGGGUGGAUUUUCUCUUAAGUGUUUUUGCAUUGAAAACAUUUAAUAUUUCAUUGGUUUUUGUGAAUGGGCAAAAAAAUUUUACAUCGCUGCAAAAAUACACAUUUCAGUAUCGAAUAUUGAGCAAUUAACAAAAAAUACCAAUAUGCCUAUAUACAGAUACCAUCUUAACAAAAAGAAAAGGAAGUUCUAAUAUAUUUCCUGUUGUAAUUGAGUUGUUCUUCACCUCUAAUCUAUCGUUUUUAGUUUUCCUCAAAUGCAUCUUCUGCUUGCGUUUUUAGUAUAUUUGAAGUCCUUUAAUUAUGAUAAACAGCA